AUGAAGGACUUUUUUGCUUAUAGAAUUCAAGAAAGAUUGGCUGAUGCUUCCCCAUUAUUGUACUCGAGGAGACUUUUUCAACAGUUCUUGGUAGAUGCCUACUCAAUGAUUGAGUCGUCUAGACUAACAUACAUUCGUCUCGACCAAGAGAAAUUUAGAUGUGAGAUGUACAAGGGUAUUAAGGAAGCUGUUUUGACAGGAGAAACAACACCCUCAUCAGUAGGGAAACGGAUUAUACUGCCUUCAUCAUUUACCGGAGGACCAAGAUAUAUGAUACAGAACUAUCAAGAUGCAAUGGCAAUUUGUAGAGUAGUUGGGUAUCCAGAUCUUUUCCUAACAUUUACAUGUAAUCCUAAAUGGCCAGAACUAGAAGACUUUCUUAAAAAUAGAGAAUUAAAUGCAGAGGAUCGUCCAGACAUGGUGUGCAGAGCUUUUAAGCUUAAAUUAGAUCAUCUGAUAAAGGACAUAAGGACAAAUAAGAUAUUUGGAAGAGUGGUUGCAGUUGUAUACACAAUCGAAUUUCAAAAGCGUGGAUUGCCUCACGCACACAUUCUCAUAUUCCUGCACCGUGAUGACAAAUAUCCCACCGGAGAAGACAUAGAUCGAAUUAUCACUGCUGAGAUUCCAGACAAGCAGAGAGACCCGCUCUAUUACGAAGCUGUUGAAAAACACAUGAUGCAUGGGCCAUGUGGGAGUGCUAAGAGAGACUCUCCAUGCAUGGAAAAUGGCAAAUGUAUUCGUCAUUUUCCUAAAAAAUUUGUGGACAAUACAACAGUUGAUGAUGAUGGAUAUCCAAUUUAUAGACGCAGAGAUGAUGGAAGGACAAUAAAAAAAUCUGGUGUUGAUUUGGACAGUCGUUAUGUGGUUCCACACAACAGGACGCUAUUAUUAAAAUAUGGAGCUCACAUAAAUGUUGAAUGGUGCAAUCAGUCUAGAUCAAUCAAGUAUUUAUUCAAGUAUGUUAAUAAAGGUCAUGAUCGUGUAACUGCCUCAUUUUAUAAGAGUGCCACAGCUGACACUAAAAGCGAUGAUUGUGAUGAAGUUAGCAUGUAUUACGAUUGUCGAUACAUAUCACCAUGUGAAGCAGUUUGGAGAAUCUUUGGGUAUAACAUGCACUAUAGAGACCCUUCUGUUAUAAGGUUGGGUUUUCACCUGCCCGACGAACAACCGGUGGUUUUUAAAGACAACGAAUGUUUAGACGAGGUUGCUAGGAAAGCAUCAGUUAAGGAGUCGAUGUUUUUAGGAUGGUUUGAAGCUAACAAAACUAACCCAGAAGCACGCUGCCUAACAUACGUGGAAUUCCCAUCAAAGUUUGUUUGGAAGCCAGAUACCAGGAAGUGGUUUCCGCGGAAAUCACAUUCAGUCAUAGGAAGGAUUUUCUUUGUUCCACCAGGAUCAGGGGAAAUUUAUUACCUAAGGCUACUCCUAAAUUUUGUAAAGGGUCCUACUUGCUAUGAAGACAUCAGAACUAUCGAUGGUGUCGUCUAUUCAUCAUUUAGAGAUGCAUGUUAUGCAAUGGGAUUGUUGGAUGAUGAUAAAGAAUACAUUGAUGCAAUCAAAGAAGCAAGUCACUGGGGUUCAGGAGAGUACUUAAGGAAGCUUUUUGUAAUACUUUUGUCAUCCAACUCAAUGGAGAGACCAGAAAAUGUAUGGGAAAAUACAUGGAAAUUGCAAGGUGAUGACAUACUUCAUAAGCAACGAAGAAUGCUUGACAAUCAAGAGCUACAACUAACAGAACAGGAGCUGAAGGAUUUAACUUUGAUAGAGGUUGAGAGCAUAUUGAAGUCAUACAACAAGAGUUUGCGAGAUUACCCCACUAUGCCUUACCCAAACACUGAUACAUCGUUCCAGCAGUUGAUGUGCAGUGGUUUGAACCCUCUAAUAUGUGAUGAGCUUAGAUACAACAGACGCAAAUUAGCAGGAGAACAUGCUGCUUACUUACAACAGUUAACUGAUGAACAGAGGGUAGUGUACAAGUCAAUAAUGGAAGCUGUGAACAGUGGGAGAGGUGGAGUUUUUUUCGUGUAUGGAUACGGUGGUACUAGAAAGACUUUUGUUUGGAAGACACUUGCUUCUGCAGUUAGGUCCAAAGGACAAAUUGCUUUGACAGUUGCAUCAAGUGGUAUCGCAUCGUUAUUACUACCAGGUGGAAGGACAGCACACUCCCGUUUUGCUAUCCCUCUAAACUUGGAUGAGUUCUCCACGUGCAACAUCAAACAGGGUAGUGCUUUGGCUGAGUUGAUAACAAAGGCUAAGAUUAUUAUAUGGGAUGAAGCUCCUAUGGUAAACAGACUCUGUAUUGAGGCACUUGAUAGAACAAUGCGUGACAUACUGAGGUUCAAGAAUACAAACAGUGAGAACCAACUGUUUGGCGGGAAGACGGUUGUCUUUGGAGGAGACUUUAGACAGAUUUUACCCGUCAUACCGAAAGGCAGCAGGCAAGAUAUUGUUAAUGCAACACUUAAUUCAUCAUACAUUUGGGAUAGUUGCAAAUUGCUUACACUCACAAGGAACAUGCGACUACAAGCAGACAAGACAUCUGAAGAAUCAAAGGAGAUAAAGCAAUUUUGUGAAUGGAUAUUGUCAAUUGGUGAUGGAAAAUGUGGAACACCAAAUGAUGGAGUUGACAAAGUUAAAAUCCCAGAUGAUAUUCUUAUUAGUGUGUGGGAUGAUCCUAUAGUAGCCAUCUGUGAAGCAACAUAUCCUGAUUUGUUUGGGGGUGCAAGUUGUGUUCCCCACCUACAACAACGAGCAAUAUUAGCACCCACGCUACAAGCUGUUGACGAGAUUAAUAAUUACAUGAUGAGUCUCAACCCUGCCGAGGCGUAUACUUACUACAGUUCUGACACUGCAUGUCAAGCAGAGUGCAGUAAUGACAUCAUGGCAUCCAUUCAUACUCCAGAAUUCUUAAACACUAUAAGAUGUUCGGGCGUCCCUAAUCAUGAGUUAAAGGUGAAAGUAGGUACACCUAUCAUGCUACUAAGGAACAUUGAUCAUUCUGCUGGCUUAUGUAAUGGAACACGUUUGGUAAUAUCAAAGUUGGGACAACACAUCAUUGAAGCACAGAGCUUAACAGGAACAAAUUGUGGCCAAAAAGUUUAUAUCCCCAGAAUGACACUUAGUCCAUCAGACCAUAGGAUACCAUUUAAGUUUCAGCGGAGACAAUUUCCUAUAAUGAUAUCAUAUGCUAUGACUAUUAACAAGAGUCAAGGACAAUCAUUAUCAAAUGUGGGUCUCAUUCUAAAGAAGUCAAUGUUCACACAUGGCCAACUAUAUGUUGCAGUGUCAAGAGUUACAAAUAGGAAAGGUCUGAAGAUUUUGAUUUGCAACAAUGAAGAUAACCAAGAGACAGACAACGUAGUUUUUAAGGAGGUGUUUAGAAAUGUUGGUUAA